AACGCAUGUCCUAAAUGCAAUGUUCCAGUUACAUUAGGAGGAGGUAAGAGCAUUUUCAAUGCUUCUUUUUCAUUAUCUUUAAUAGUGAAAUAAUUAUUGUUUUUCCAAAUCUGAUACCAUUCAUGUUCAGCUUCUUUAGUAUUAAAAGUUUUUGGAAAAUCUAAAAGAAACAACAACAAUCAUUCUUUUGAUUUUUAAUGUACAAAUUAUGUAAAUACCUGACAAAUGUUGAGUAGAAAAUUUAUUGCAGCAAUAUUUAUAAUAAGAAUUAAGGCGUUGUAAACUUUUAUACUGCAUGACUGUCAUUGUAAAUUAAAUAUAUUAUGUUAUAUAUUUUUCCUUUUAACCUAUACGUUUAACAAAAUAUAACCAAUAAUACGAGUAUCGUGCGAUGUUAUUAUAAUCAUAAAUAAUUUUUAUUAUAUAUAACUGGGCUUGUGCUUAGUACAGAGUAAUAUAUGUGUAUUGUAAAUUUUUGUUUGGAAUUCAAAUACUUCUCAUGUUGUAUUCAGUUGUAAUGAUUAUCAUUAUUUCAUAUUAAAAUGGCUUUCCUAAAAACGAUUUUAGUAAUAUGUUCAUUAAUUUCUUUUUAUUAUUAUAUUUUCCUGCUAAAUAAAUAAUACUUUUCUUUUCAAAUAAUAAUUUUUGUAUAUACGUAUACUUAUGUAUAUACGUUACAUGUUUUCUUGAAACAAAAUUUUAAUCGCAUAGAUAUCUGCAUAUUACAUGUAUAUUAAUUCGGAGUAUAAUAUAAAUUUUUUUUAAUUUUCAUUUGUAUCUUUUGUUUAAUUAAAUCUUUUUAAUAAAUUUUGUAAUCUUUUUAUCAAUGAAUUAUACAUAAUUAUAUAGAUAAAAUAUAGGAAUACAGAAAUUUUAUUUAACCAUAUACGGGAAAUUUUUAUUUAACCAUAACUUAACAACGUAUCAAUUGGUUUUAAUACAUGAUCAAAAAUUAACUCCCUAAUUCAGAAUAUACGACAUAAUAAACAUUGCAUUAAAUACAUGCAAUUUCUCAAUUUUUACAAAUACAAAUACAAAUAAUGAUAAUUUCUUUCGUUUAUUCUGUUUUUACAUGAUCUAAAUACUUAUUUUUAUCUGAUUCACUGAUAAAAAAUUUACAAUAAAUAAAUUCGUGCGAUUCAAAGGUUCGUGCUGAUACUGGGGUCAAACUCCAUUGGCUGACCUUGGUUUAUUGUACUGAUUGCACAUAUAUAGAGAUAAAAAGACCUAAAAGAAAUGCAGCUCUGAUUGGUUAUUUUGAACAGCACGUUAAAAAUAAGGAUGCUGAUUGGCAGAGAACGUUAUACAUACGAAAAAGAAUUCGUGUGAUACUGCGCGAGGCAUUUCUUGUUUUACAUAAAAGUGAUACGGGAGAGAUACAAAAGAAAUUUCGCAGUGACACUGAGGAGAAAUUGAAAAAGAUAUAUUCUGAAGUAGAAUUCAUUUUAUUAAAUGGUCAAAAUAUUGAUCAAACAUUAACUUCUAAACAUUUACUUAGUAUCGCAUUAUUUCUUAUACUUGACAAUAUUAUUAGAAUGACGGAUUUACAUGGAUUAGUUGCUCUUGUAACUGGUGGUGCAUCUGGUUUGGGACUUGGUGUUGUACGAAGAUUUAUAAAAGAAGGUGCCAAAGUUGCUGUUGCUGAUUUACCAAUAUCUAAAGGAAAUGAAAUUGUUGAAGAGCUUGGAGAAUCUGCUACCUUCAUACCAAUGGAUGUAAGUACAAAA